AUGGAAACAUUCUUCUCUCCAUUAGUAAUAACAAGAAGCAACAAGUUCAACUUCAUUUUGGUGGCAUCAGCUUGUCAGUUGAGCAUGUCGGUUAUACCAACUGUUAGCAAUCGUUUCAUCUUCCUUGUUGUCGAUAUUUGUUUCGGUAGAAAAAAAAGAAUGAAAGAAGGAAAACUUCAAAGACGAAAUCGAGGCUUAAAUUUCAAGAAAGAAAAAAAAAGUUUGUCUUCGCUUGCCAUUAAAAUGAGUUUUGAAUUAUUAAUGAUUUCGCAGAACGAACAAAUAAAUGAACGCAAGCAAGCAAGAAAAAAAUAA